AUGUACUCAUAUACGGGCCCUAGGCCCCCUCCAGUGAACUGGCACGAUGAUCCAAGGAGAGAUGCCAUUUGGGACGACGGGGUCGAAGAUGAUGAAGCGUACGACGAAUUUGAUCCCACUGGAAAUGCAGUGGAACAUUACACUACAAACUCUUAUCCUCGUCAACGAAGUUCGCGAGUCCCAGGCGCCCGACGUCCAGGGAAACGGCGAGCAGUGAGCGUCGAGUCGACGCAUUCCGCGAGCACAAGCGGUCAUUUCAUCACGAGCAGUCAAGCAGCCUCUCCCGGGGAUACGACAGGGUUUGUCGAUCUCUCAGAGGACAUGGAGAAACGGGUCGCCCGUGUGCUUGAUCCAACUUUUUCUCCAACACUUCUCAGUCCCAGACUUGCUCCACAACCCGUCACUCCGUUACAGGGACCAUACGAAUCAUCACUGUAUCGUGAGCAACAUAUAACCGUGGAACCGCCCAAAAAGUACUGGAGACUACCGUCGUUUCGGUCUCUUCUACAAAGCGUGGGCGAAUCCACGACUCUACCAUCUCCAACUACCCAACAAUCUCAAUUACCUCCAAUGGGUCAUUACGAGGCCGCUGGAGCGACGACAUCUCAUCCUCGACAACCCUACUCAGCACACAAUUCGACACACCUCCAUAACUUCGCCGCUCACGAUGGCUAUUUUGAUCCUCCGCUUUCCUCUGUGGAAAGUUCCCCCAUCUCAUCGCGGGGGGCCAUGAAGCGGCACAGCCAGAGGGCUUACUCUUCCGAUACGGAAACUGUUUCUCGUGCCCUUAUUCCGGGUCGCUUGCCCCAUGAACGACACACAUCAGAACCCCCACCAAUGUACCCCGAGUCCGCGGACAGACGCCAAUCACUACCACAUAUCUUUGACCCACUACCUCGCAACUACCAAGUGGUAUCGCCGCAAGCAACUGGACUACGUCCGCUACCGCAACUCACGCGACCAUAUUCCGCUCCACCCGUAUCACGGGAGUCGGUGCAGCCCAGUCUUCGUGGAUUACCAGGCUUGGGCCAUUCGCAGGUUGACGAUCCGAGGCCAGAAGUUGGAUCAGAAGACAGAUGGAUUACGUCGUCGACGUACUCACUUGAAGCCGGCUACGACUCUGCCCCAGAUGGACCCGCUCGUACAGAGGAAUCGUGGUUAGAUGACCCCCACGAGCAAGCAGUGCCGAUAUCAUCUCGACUACAGGCAGAGUAUGUGGUUGCCCAGCCUCCAUCGUAUUACCGGGCGUCGAGCGUUGGAAGUGUUGGGUACACGACAUCUGCAGAAUCGCCGCCGGGAACACCCGUGAAGCUGUAUUCUAAACUUCCCAAAAAUGUUUCGUAG